CUGCGUUAUCAGCGUUUCACUCAGUGUGGGUGUUUACAUGCGCGCCGCGUAGUACUCCCAACGCGUUUAAAAGGGUUUGACGCGACCGUGAUAACAUUAAAGCGCAAUAACAGAGAUGUGAACCAUUAUGCCGCUACCCGAGCUUAUAAAACGUGCUUCGAGCUACUUCCUCGGCCUUGAAUUCGAUGACAAUGAGGAACCGCCGGAUUACGUGGACAAUGAAAUAUUGUUCUGUAAGAAUAACGUAUGCGUCCAUCCGCCGACGAUCGCAAGACACGAGUUGGACAUCGUACACCAUCCGGGGUACUUGACGGUAACAACGAAAGUGUUUACAGACCAACACAACAACGCUAAACGACCAACGCUGUUCCUAAACUGGAUACCGAACUCCACAUUAAAAAAGUGUCCCUCUGCGGUUGAGACCAGCCCCAGCGAUGAGCUCGUCUGUGGCAUAAAACCUACGAACCCACAGGAUAUACCACGACAAAAAUCUUUUCCGGAGAAGACGCGGAAAUACGGAAACAACGAAAACGCAUUUUCUGACUCCUCCGACACAACCAGUAUUAAUUCUAAUUCAGAUAAACAGAGUAUUAAAUCUAGUGAUACGCGAUACACUCAAAACGACACAACACAGGAAUUGUCAUCGAGUUCUAAACCAACAAUAAAGUCAGCGGAUUCCAGUAAAGACGAUGUAUUCGUGUCGUUGGACAAAGAUGAUUCCAAGGAACCAGUAUACGAAUAUGACCGGCAUGUUCGGUCACAAUCAAUGACGUCUGUUAACAUAACAAUCUCUAACCCAAAUGUUGAGAACGUAGAUUUGACGCCUGACUCUGUUUCUGGGAGCUGUAUGAGGUCACUUUCGUUGAGUUCAUGCGACGAGGGUAACCCAAAUUGGAUGAGCACGCCCGAAUUCUUAGCAUUAAAACACAAUCUGGUGUUUCCAGACAGCGUCCACAGUUCGCCUGUGCCUCAAAGACGGCAGCCUUUAAAAUGUCGAAGGUUCUCCGUGGAUCUAAGUCAGAUGCGUUCACUACGGCUAUUCUUCAACGAUGACAACUGCACGUGUGGCCAGCUGGUGGUCGCGUCGAGGGAGUCCCAGUACAAAAUACUGCAUUUCCACCACGGAGGACUGGAUCAUCUAGCUCAAGUGCUUCACAGAUGGCAUACCCUACUGCACAAUAUUAAACUCACUCCAGGCUUUUCAGGUUCAGAUGAGCCUAAUCUACCUUAUCGCCACUUCAUGGUGUGCCGACCUGAGGUACAAAAGUCGGAGCAACAUCCAGAAGAAGGGAAGCCACCAAAAAUUACCCCCGAACUUUUCUACGGCAAAAUGAUGAACGCGAAAGGCAUUAUUGAAGAUGAUUUAUUCCUAAGGAAAUGCGUCUUUUUCGGAGGUCUCGAUAAAGAGUUGAGGAGGGAGGUUUGGCCGUUUUUACUACAUUGCUAUCCAUACAAUUCCACGUAUGACGAAAGAGAGAUCAUACUUAAGAUAAGAACAAGAGAGUAUGAUGAAGUGAAGAGGAGACGGUUAGAGAAGAUGACUCCAGAACAGCACGCGUUAUUCUGGAAGAAUGUUCAGAGUGUUAUCGAGAAAGAUGUAGUUAGAACUGAUAGAGGCAACCCGUUCUUUGCCGGCGACAACAAUUAUAAUGUUGAGAUCAUGAAGAAUAUUUUAUUGAAUUAUGCAGUCUACAAUCCAGCAUUAGGGUAUACGCAAGGCAUGAGUGACCUCCUCGCUCCAGUUCUCUGCGAAAUUAAAUGUGAAGCGGAGGCUUUUUGGUGCUUCGUUGGUCUCAUGCAAAGAGCGAUCUUUGUAUGCACGCCUACAGACAACGACAUGGAUAAUAACUUGAGUUACUUGCGUGAACUGAUAAGAAUAAUGCUGCCACAUUUCUACAAGCAUUUGGAGAAACAUGUAGACGCUAUGGAACUUCUCUUCUGCCAUAGAUGGAUACUAUUGUGUUUCAAACGCGAGUUCACCGAAGCGGUGGCUCUACGUAUGUGGGAGGCAUGCUGGGCUAACUACCAGACCGACUACUUCCAUUUGUUCCUCUGCCUCGCGAUCAUUGCCGUGUAUGCUGAUGACGUCAUUGCACAGGAUCUCAACACUGACGAAAUGUUGCUGCACUUCAGUUCGUUAGCGAUGUAUAUGGACGGACGGCUCAUCCUUCGCAAAGCCCGUGGUCUAAUCUAUCAGUUCAGACAGUUGGUCCGUAUUCCUUGUACAUUGGUUGGGAUGUGCCAAAGAUGCGGUCCCGGUAUAUGGGACUCCACCCACCGGCCGAGCGUGGAAUGUACGGGCUCACAUGACUUCUGCCAAUAUGCUGUACAGUAAAUAUGACGGAAUACAUAUCGACGAAUACGGUUUAUUGAAUCUUGCUACCAGAAGGUUUGCUUUUAAAAUGCCUAUUCUUCAGCCUUUGUUACGAAAUCUAUUAUAUGUGAUUUGAUUUUAAACCUAAGUUUCCUAAAUUACUGGUCUGAUUUAAAUAUGUCUUUGUUCAAAAUACGAUUAAUUUUAAUCAUUAGAACUCCUAGUCAUUUUAUUUGUAUAUUUUAAUUCGAUCUCAA